AUGCCGGGAGAUGGAUCGACUCUCAUGGACCUCAGUGGUUGGGAGAGAGUCAGUCACACUGGCCGUCUUUACGAGACAGUUGAAAUGCUCGAGUGGAAAGGUUCGGGCGCAAAGGUCCCUCAUCUCAUCAUGGUCACAUGCCACGAGUUUAACAGGACUCCACGUCUUUUAUAUGGAGAAGUGGCACUCCUUGUGUGGGCAAUGAACAUUCGUCUACAUCAAGAGGAGUACAGGAGGUACCACACAGCGCCGGUAGGUUUACCUCUGUCCGCAUCCUUUGCCUAUCAAUCAAUUCUAACCCCAAUACCAACAGAUCCUGAUGUUGUCCCUGAUGUGCCCCAAACAUGGACGCCUCCUACACUCUCACAUAGAACAGGGGAUAUUGAGAAUUCGGUGCAGUCAGAUUUACAGUUUCGAAAAGCAGACCACCGCUCCCUUUGA